GCGGGGCCGCGCAGAAACGAAUUCUGCGCCGGGAAGCGCUGCGGGCGGCGGCGGCUGCGCUGGGCUGGCGGGCGGCCGCGGCGAUUCCACGUGCUCCCCGCGGCCGGUUGGAACCGUUGGCGGACGCCGGCUGAGAGGCAAUGCUUGCUAUCUUCAGUUGGAGGGACUGACUUUUCACAUGGUGUAUUUUUGACAAGAUUUAAAGCCUAUCUUGGAUAGAGAAUAUUUAAUCAUUUAGCUAAAAAUGGUAUUUUUUACAUGCAAUGCGUGUGGUGAAUCAGUGAAGAAAAUACAAGUGGAAAAGCAUGUGGCUGUUUGCAGGAACUGUGAGUGCCUUUCCUGCAUUGACUGCGGUAAAGAUUUCUGGGGCGAGGACUACAAAAACCAUGUGAAAUGCAUAAGCGAAGACCAGAAGUACGGCGGCAAAGGUUACGAAGGGAAAGCCCACAAAGGCGAUAUCAAACAGCAGGCGUGGGUGCAGAAAGUUAAUGAAUUAAUAAAAAGACCCAAUGUCAGCCCCAAAGUGAGAGAACUUUUAGAGCAAAUUAGUGGUUUUGACAACAUUCCCAGGAAAAAGGCAAAAUUUCAGAACUGGAUGAAGAACAGUUUAAAAGUUCAUAAUGAAUUGAUUCUGGAGCAGGUGUGGAAUAUCUUUUCUGAAGCUUCCAGCAAUGAACCAGCCAGUAAAGGGCAAGAGCAAAAGCCACUCAACCAAGUGGCAAAGCCACCUGCAGAAAUCACCACCACGGUGGCACCUUCCAAAGCCAAUGACACCACGCAAGGACAAGCAGAGGCAAAGAAGAACAAGAGAGAGAGGAAGGAAGAGCGGCAGAAGAAAAGGAAAAAAGAAAAGAAAGAACUAAAAUUAGAAAACCACCAGGAGAAAACCAAGAGUCAGAAGUCUAAAAAGCGCAAAAUGAGGCCUGAGGCCGAGCAGGAGGCGGGAGGGGAGGGUGCCCCCGAGGCCACGGGCCCCACAGGGAACAAGCGCCAGGGCAAGUGUGGAGUGAAUGGAGACGUGGACAAGGAGACAAGCAUGGGGAAAAGGAAGCGCAAGCUUUCCGAAGUUGAAGCAUAUUCUAAGAAGAAAAAGAUUAAGUUCCCAGGACUGGCUGAAGGCAGAGAACCAGAAAACCAUGAAGCUCCUGCAAAAGGUAAAUUCAAUUGGAAGGGGACUAUUAAAGCAGUCCUGAAGCAGGCCCCAGACAAUGAGAUAGCAGUCAAAAAGCUAAGGAAAAAGGUUUUGGCUCAGUAUUACGCGGUGACGAGCGAACACCAUAGGUCUGAAGAGGAGCUCCUGGCCAUCUUCAACAGGAAAGUCAGCAAGAACCCCGCCUUCAAGCUACUCAAGGACAAGGUCAAACUUUUGAAGUGAACAUUUUUCUAUUUAAUAAAUUGAGUCCAUUCUGUUGAUUUCUUCCUUUCACUGCUGUUUGUAAAACAUGUAAUAAAUAAUAACAACUCAAAUUUUGUUUUCUUAUAAGAAAAAUAUAUAUUUUUGGUAGAUCUUUUAUGAGAAAAUAAACUAUAUUGUCCUGAAUCCUCCAGUA